CAGGUGGUUGGUGUGACAGAGGAAGAUACAGAGGACAGGGUGAGAUGGAAACGAUUGAUCUGCUGUGGCGACCCCUAACGGGAACAGCCGAAAGACAAAGAAGAAACAAGAAGACAUCCAACAUGGUGCGAAGCCACAUGCAUGCAUCAGUGAGAGGGUGUAGUGAUCGCUUCUUGGUGCUGAGGCCAGAGCGCGGAUGCGCACAGAAUAUGAGCAGUGACGAGCGGUAGAGGAUGGAUUAAGGCACACAGGCUUCCUGAUAACUUGGAUUUUAUUUCCCCCCAGUUUUGUCUGCAAGGUUUCAAAACAUCUGAUGAUCAAAGUGCCACACUUUGCUCUCAUGGAAAAUAAGUGCAGUUAUGCUAUUGACUCCCCAAGACAAAAUCCAAGAAAGAGGAUCAAACUAGAGCUGUGUCAUGAUGUGGAGGACAAAGAGGAUGCUCUGGAAGAAGAAAAUGCAGCAUUUGCAGAGUUCUCUCAUCCCAUUCCCUGGCAAAAAAUAGAGGCAGAAGGACUGGACUCUGAUUACGCUUUACUCUUCUCCAAGGAGGAGGCAGAUCAUCUCUUUAAACAGCUGGAGGAGGAGGUGGUCUACUCAGCAGGAGAAGAAGCAAAAGUCCAGGUGUUUGGAAAGACGUACAACAUACCAAGAAAGCAGGCAACGUAUGGUGAUGCAGGUCUAAACUACACUUACUCUGGAGUCACACGUUCAGCAUGCACAUGGACUCCAACUUUGGCAUACAUUCGGGAUGCAGUUACUAAAGCUACAGGACAAACAUUCAACUUCGUCUUGGUCAACAGGUACAAAGAUGGAAAAGACCAUAUAGGCGAGCAUCGUGAUGAUGAAAGGGAACUGGACCCUCGAUGUCCUAUCGCCUCAGUGUCUCUGGGUGCAGCGAGAGACUUUAUCUUCCGACACAGAGAAGCCCGGGGGGGACACGGCUGCCGACAGAUUGAACCCAUAAAGCUGCUGCUUGCUCACGGUAGCCUACUUCUCAUGAACCCACCAACCAACACAUUCUGGUAUCACAGUGUUCCUGUUCGCAAGAAGAUUUUCCUGCCUCGUAUCAACCUAACCUUCAGACGCAUCCUGCUGGACAGCAAUGACCCUGUGAGGACAAGUUCCAGAAGAUGAGCCCAACCUUUAAGUUGGGUAAAUGAGUGGAAAGCAGAGUAGACCUAUCUGAAGUUGAUGAUAAUGCAGGCUCAGAGUCUCAACUGUCAUCAGUUUGUUUUGUGCUGCUGCAAAAGCAAUCCUUCAGAUUCUAAUUUACUGCACUGUGUAGACAUUUAACAUCUUGUACUGGAAUACUGUCUCACAGAUGUAAUUUGAUCACACUCUUGUCCCAAAGAUGAGUCUUUAAAUUUUGGACAAUAUAGACUGGUACUGAUGGUUAAACACCCAACAAUUGACUGACUCGUCAAUAAAUCAGCCUAUAUUACACUCACAGUAUGUCCAACAUUAGUUAGCAUUUUAUUACAAGGUACAGUUAGAAUGCAAUUAAAAUAAAAA